AAGUAAGAAGUGACCAUCGAUAGCCGGCGGUCGUCGCGGGGCACCGAGAUUGAUGACCGGAGCUGAGAGCUACUAUACCGUCACUGGCAACGCACGCUUAGUAUACAGCCACAGUCAGGGAUGGUGUCAAAGGUCCACAGAGGAGCGUCGGCGCUGAUCGGUCUGCUUCUGCUGACAGGAUACGCUGUCGCUGAGUGGAAGAGCCAUGGCCAGUACCAGUACUACUUCAACAACAACCGCGUCUAUUGGGAUCAGGGUCUCGCCUUCUGCAGAAGCCAGAAGCCGACAGCAUUUCUCGCUAGGCCCAUCACUGAGAACGCCGAGUUCCUGAAGGGGUUCGGCUCUGCUGAGAUGUACUGGGCAGACCACAGUUACGGCUCGCAGGGCUGGGCUUGGUCGGACGGCAGCCCACUGCCCGCCGGCGACAUCCACUGGUACAGCGGCUACCCCCACCUGCCCGCCUCCGUGGUCAGCAGGGGCCUGUACGAGCGGUCAUCAGCCGCGCUUAUGAACGCCGAGCCCAACUACUAUAAGUAUGGGGUGGUCUGUCAGGCUCCGUUGGAUCCCACGACAGUGCAGCCUUCCACGACGGAGCCGACGACGACAAAACCCGAUCCGACUACACCAGAACCAACGCCCGAACCGACAACCGUGGAACCCCGAACAACGCCCCAGCCGACAACCGAGGAGCCCCAAACAACGCCCCAGCCGACAACCGAAGAGCCCCAAACAACGCCCCAGCCGACAACCGAGGAACCCCAAACAACGCUCCAGCCGACAACCGCGGAACCUCAAACAACGCUCCAGCCGACAACCGAGGAGCCCCAAACAACGCUCCAACCGACAACCGAGGAACCUCAAACAACGCUCCAGCCGACAACUGAAGAGCCCCGAACAACACCCCAGCCGACAACCGAGGAGCCCCAAACAACGCCCCAGCCGACAACCGAAGAACCCCUUCCGUGUCCGCAGGGGCCCGGCUGGCUAGAUGUGGUCACCGGGGAUGGAAGCUGCUACUAUCUGAGCAGCAGCGACCCGGACGCCGGCAACUUCACCUGGGACGGCGCCGCGCAGGCGUGCGCCAAUCAGCAGGCCAGCCUCGCCUCGGUGCCCGACCUGAUCACCUUCUAUGCACUCUCGUUCCAAGUGCGGGGCGGCGGCCAGAACGUCUGGACUGGGCUGAUCUCCGUGCCCGUGGUCGGCUACAGCUGGUCAGACGGCUCGGAGUUUGACGAACAGCUGAAGCAGUUCAUCGUCCCCGGCAACGGCACGGUGGGGUACCUGUCGGCGGAUGACGGCGAGUUCCACCUGGCGGAUGCCGACCAGAGCGCGGCGUUCGUGUGUCGCACGGCCCCAGCGCCGGCGCCAACCACCACAGCGCCACCGCCCGCCGAGCCGUGCCCGGCCGGCUGGGAGCAGUCGGAGGACACGUGCUACCUGUUCUCGGAGCAGCAAGGAUACUGGACAGAGGCCAUGUCCGCCUGCCACCAGGAGGAGGCCGAUCUGCUCUCCAUUCACGACGACAUGCUCAUCACAUUUCUGGUGCUGCGAGUCGGAAACAACACCUUCUGGACCGGACUACAGAACCAGAACACCACGUAUGUCUGGCAGGAUGGUUCCAGCACGGACGACAUCGACCUGGUGGAGCCGUACUUGGACCCCUGGCAGUCCGGCAAGGACUGCGUGGCUAUGAACACAGAGCUCUACAUUCCCAAGCAGCAGUUUCUGAUCCACGACGACUGUUUCGCUGAGAACAGGUUUGUCUGCCAGAAACCCGCCAACUAGAAACAGAAGCCAGAAUACCCUCUGGUGUGAUGCUUAUAUGUAAAUAUGUCACUGAUAAUCACUUUAUGGUUAUGUAAGGCAUUGAAAAAACAAAUAACUGGGCAGCUGAUAGCGCGUUGAUAUUGUGCCUGCAAUGUCUGAAUAAAUAAUGCAUGUAUA